AUGAGCCAAUAUCAAUCAUUUUCAAAAGAAUAUGUAGCUUUAAAAAACCACCAAACUCUACCCAAAACUAGCAAAUUACUUUGCUUAAAACCUUUUAUAGACGAAACAGGGUUUAUAAGAGUUGGGGGUAGAAUAAGAAAUGCUCAAAUAUCUGAUGAACAAAAAUAUCCAAUAGUGUUAAGCAACAAAUGCGCUUUGACUAAAAUAAUUAUGAUGUACGAGCAUAGUAAAUUGUUGCAUUGUGGUCCUCAACAAUUACUGUAUAAUAUUCGAUUACAUUAUUGGCCUCUUUGCGGCAGAAUAUUAGCUCGAUCAGUCGUUAGAAAUUGUGUAACUUGUUUUAGAGCCAAUCCUGUUACAUUUAAUUAUAUUAUGGGUGAUUUACCUGAAUGUCGUGUAUCUUCUUUCCAGCCAGUGUUUUCUCAUACUGGUAUUGAUUAUGCAGGACCUAUUUUUAUUCGGGAUCGGAAAACCAGAAAUUCAAAAACAGUAAAAGGUUAUAUAUGUAUUUUUGUUUGCAUGAGUACAAAAUGUAUUCAUUUAGAUAUAGUAACCGAUUUGACUAGUCAAGCUUUUUUAUCAGUUUUAAAAAGAUUUGUAUCCAGGCGAGGAAAACCUUUACACUUAUAUUCGGAUAAUGGUACCACCUUUAUAGGUGCUAAUUCAGCAAUGCUACAAUUUAUUAAUAAACAUUCUAAUUAUGUAAGUACUUGUUUAGCAACUGAAGGCAUUCAAUGGCAUUUUAUGCCACCCAAGGCACCAAAUUUUGGGGGUUUUUGGGAGGCUGGUGUUAAAAGUGUAAAGUACCAUCUUAAACGUAUAAUUCGUGACACUAGCCUCACUUACGAGGAUCUCUCAACGGUUUUAGUACAAAUAGAAGGGGUGUUAAACUCUCGUCCACUAUCUCCAUUGUCAUCGGAUCCACAAGAUUUGACUCCAUUGACACCGGCACAUUUCCUGAUUGGAAGACCAUUGACUGCAGUUCCGGAAGAUGACGUUUCUAACAUACUGGAAAAUCGUUUGUCAAAUUACCAACGCCAACAAAAAAUGGUACAACAGUUUUGGAAACGGUGGAAUCGUGAAUACAUUUCUAAUCUUCAAACACGAACUAAAUGGUUUAAAGACUUUCCAAAUAUUCUUAAGUUGGAUACGUUGGUAUUAAUUAAAGAAGAUAAUCUACCUCUAUUCAAAUGGAAACUUGGUCGAGUUAUUGAACUUCAUGAAGGUGUCGAUAAAAUUACGCGUGUUGUAACACUCAAAUGUAGUGAUGGUUCUUUAUGUAAACGUCCGGUUACAAAAUUAUGUGUUCUUCCCACAGAAGACUUUUUAUUGAAAUAA